AUGAAUGGAGUUUUAACCAUGACAAUGAUGACGUUUUCUUCCAGUUGUUGUUACACCAUCAGUAUUUCCGGGCGUCGUCGGGUCAAAUGAGGGAUUUUUUUUUUAUAUAAAAAGAGCAAGCACAAAAAAAAAUUUUUAUGUAUUUCCACCUCUUUCUUCUUUUUCUUAUUCUUUAACCCUGUUUUUCUUUACGCUAUAUAUAAUUUUUUUAUGAAUCUUUUUAAUGACACUUGUUGCGAUUUCUUAUAACCCACCUACGAACAGUAGUAAAUGGAGAAAAGGGUUAGCUUUACUAGCAUCAAAAUUACAACAUCACAAAGACAAGUCACCCACUACCCGAGCAGCUGCCACGGAAAAGGUGCUUCGUCACAACUCAAAUACGGUGAUCAAAUGUGAGGAUCUUACGGCCAAGGAAUUUGCUCAAAUGGCGGGCAUCAAACUUAAGGAAGAGGAUGUUUUGGAAGAGGAUGUUUAUUUGACAACAAAAUCAACAACAACAUUAAACAAUCAUCAAAUGACAUCAAUUUCCACCACACUCUCAACCAAAAGUUGUCACCAGAUUUGGGAUUCCGACUUUUGGCAAUCCAAUGAGCCUGUGAAGAAGAAGAAGGUCACCCCCAAGAAAUCCACACUGGGUGUUCACACCAAAAGAAAUAACAAUAAUAACAAUAAUAACAACAAUAAUAUUAAUAAUGAUACCCUAUUUAUAUCACAGCUUCGUUCUUCCUCUUCCACCAUUAAUUCCGUCCAAAAGGGCAGAUUUAAAAUCGUUGUAGGACAAGAUGAUUGUGAGCCUGUAAACCAAUAUAACCAUGUAGUACUCGAGUGGAAACGAAAGAGAUCUGAUUCAUCCACCACAAAUAUUACCAAAAAAUAGCUUCUCCCCCUUCCCUUUCCCUACCUUUCCCUACUAUAUACUUUCCUUUAUAUCUAUGCCCAUCAUCAUCUCUAUUUAACUUGUAAGCCUUUUUUUUUUCCUCCCUUACUCACACACAAAAAAAACACGUUUUUAAACAAUCACGUUGUACAUAAUCACUCAUAAAAAAAAAUUUAUAUAUACAUAAUAAAUUAAAUUUAACCAGUCCUA